CAGUGAAUCCAUUAACACAGGCAGCGGCUCCAUCACAAUCAGCAUCAAAUGUUCCUGUUAAUCCAUCAUCGCAGCCAGCAUCAACAGCUCAGGUUAAUCUACCAUCAACAAUGUCUCCUGUUAAAUUACCACCAUCAACAGCGGCAGCUCCUUUGACGCAAUCAACAACGGUAGCUCCUUUGACGCAAUUAACACAGUCUCCUUUGACGCAAUCAACACAACCUCCUUUGACGCAAUCAACACAACCUCCUUUGACGCAAUCAACGCAGCCUCCUUUGACGCAAUCAACACAACCUCCUGUUAAAUUACCACCAUCAACAACAGCAGCCCCUUUGACGCAAUCAACAACAGUAGCUCCUUUAACGCAAGCAACAACGCAGCCUCCUUUGACGCAAUCAACAAUAAUAUCUCCUGUUAAAUUACCGCCAUCAACAACGGCAGUUCCUUUAACGCAAUCAACAACGAUAGCUCCUUUGACAACACAAUCUCCUUUAACGCAAUCAACACAACCUCCUUUGACGCAAUCAACAAUAAUAUCUCCUGUUAAAUUACCGCCAUCAACAACGGCAGCUCCUUUAACGCAAUCAACAACGGUAGCUCCUUUGACAACACAAUCUCCUUUGACAACACAAUCUCCUUUGACGCAAUCAACACAACCUUCUUUGACACAAUCAAUGAUACCAACACCAGCGAUAAUAACACUUCCUUUAACACCAGUAGCUUCUUUGCAAAAAGUAUCAUCACCUCCUGUUAAUCCAUCAUCACCAACAGCAACAGUAACGAAUCCUUUAACAUCACAACAAGUAUUAUCACCUCCUGUUAAUCCAUCAUCACCAACAGCAACAGCAACGAAUCCUUUAACAUCACAACAAGUAUCACCACCGCCUGUUAAUCCAUCAUCACCAACAGCAACAGUAACGAAUCCUUUAACACCACAAAAAGUAUCACCACCUCCUGUUAAUCCAUCAUCACCAACAGCAACAGCAACGAAUCCUUUAACACCACAACAAGUAUCACCACCUCCU